CCCAAACAACGAGCUUGAAAACGUUUCUGGAUUAUUUGAGGGUUUCUUUCCACUUAUUUCAGUCAGAUUGCAAUGAAUUUUGAUUAAAGAAACCAGUGAAAGCCAUUCUGUAAUAUUCAACAUAUUCUUAUUGCAUUCACUUUGCAAUUUAAGAUACUACCUGUCAAGAAAACGCAAUUCAAAAAGUAAAUUGUUAUGUCUGUGCCAAUGGCAUCUGGUGAAGAUGAUUCAAUCUAUAGCACUUUAUCAAACUUUGAGAUUGAGAAAAAAAUUGGCCGUGGUCAAUUCAGUGUGGUUUACCGAGCAAAAUGUUUAGCCAAUGAUCAGAUAGUGGCACUGAAGAAAGUUCAGAUUUUUGACAUGAUGGAUGCCAAAGCAAGGCAAGAUUGCAUAAAAGAAAUUGAAUUGCUGAAGCAACUGAACCAUCCAAAUGUUAUAAAGUAUUUGUCAUCUUUUAUUGAAAAUAAUGAGCUAAAUAUUGUGCUUGAAUUAGCUGAUGCUGGAGACCUAUCUAGAAUGAUAAAGCAUUUCAAGAAAAACAAUAAGUUGAUACCGGAAAGAACUAUUUGGAAAUAUUUUGUGCAGUUAACUGCAGCAUUAGAACACAUGCAUUCAAGAAGAGUGAUGCAUAGAGAUAUUAAGCCAGCAAAUGUGUUUAUAACUGCAUCAGGAGUAGUCAAGUUGGGAGAUCUAGGGUUAGGAAGAUAUUUUAGUUCCAAAACAACAGCAGCUCACUCUCUGGUUGGCACGCCUUAUUACAUGUCCCCUGAAAGAAUUCAUGAAAAUGGAUACAAUUUUCGAUCUGAUAUUUGGUCACUGGGAUGUCUAUUAUAUGAGAUGGCUGCAUUACAAUCACCUUUUUAUGGAGACAAAAUGAAUCUAUACUCACUUUGCAAGAAAAUUGAAAAAUGCGAUUAUCCACCAUUGCCUUCAGAUAUUUACUCUAAGGAGCUUCGAGAUCUUGUGCAGGCAUGCAUAACUCCAGAUCCUGAUCACCGACCUGACGUCAAGUAUGUCAAUGAAGUUGCAAAGAAGGCUUAUCAAUCAUUUUUGACCUGAAGAAUAAACUGAUAAAAUAUGAAUUACUAAGAAAUUUUGAAAUUAUUGUAUAAGAAUUAAUUGGUUGUACUUAUAUCUAAAUAAAUUGUAUAAAUAUUGUAGGGUAGAAGUCUCAUUAAUUUACAAUGAGCAGUAAUACUAGAACUUGGAAGCUUGCUGUAUUUUUCAUCUUGUAUUAAUUUCAAGUGAAAUGUUUGCUUCAAGUUAACUGUUCUGGUAUUAAACGAUUUAGAGCUGAUUGCUCUAAUAGCUUUCUUAGUUUAUUUGAAUAUGAGAAUUUUGUGUCCUUGCUUGUAUAUUCUUAAAGAAUUUAAUAUAUUUCAUUUUACCUGUAUGUAAUGUGUAGUAUUUAGACUAGUUGUAUUUUCAUUAUAGUCUUUUAGAGUGUAGAAAUAAAUUAA